AAUAACCUAGAAUUUAGUUAAACAUAUAAAAGCAAAGAUGAAGUACGUUCGCGAUGCAAAAACUAUAUUCCUUAAUGCGGUUGGUGCUGUGCAGCCGCAGAACUUCUUACGAAACAGGGUUAAGGUUUCAUCUGGCAAGUUGCACGUCGAUGCAGAAACUUUCCCAUUGAAUCGACCUUGCCACAUAGUCGGCUUCGGAAAAGCUGUAUUAGGUAUGGCUGUGGAAAUGGAGAACAUAUUGAGUUCUAAUCUUCGUAGCGGUAUAUUGUCAAUACCUGCUGGUACCCAAGAAUGCUUCAAAGAUCAACCUCAGCUAUUGCUGAAAAAUAAUUCUGUUUUGAGAAUAUUCGAAGGCGCCAAAGAUAAUAUACCUGAUCUGGAUGCAAUGGAAGCGGCGAAAGCCAUCAAAGAUCUGUGCGUUGGUCUCACCAAAGAUGAUUUACUUCUUGUCCUCAUAUCAGGCGGUGGAAGCGCUUUGCUACCUUUACCUAAAUUUGGAUUGAGUUUAGAUGAAAAGCAGAAAAUUAUAAAGAAUCUUAGCAAAGGUGGAGCCAAUAUAAUCGAAUUGAAUUGCGUGAGAAAAAUGUUGUCCGAAUUAAAAGGAGGUGGAUUAGCGCAGAUUGCUUAUCCUUGCAGAGUGGUAACUCUGAUCCUCUCUGAUAUCGUCGGAGACCCGAUUGAUUCCAUAGCGAGUGGUCCAACAGUCGAGAAUAAAGAUGCUCAUCUCGCUAUGGAAGUGAUUAACAAAUAUAAUGUGGAUAUUUCAGAGAUCGCAUUAAACAUUUUACAGCAGCCAAAGUUAGAGUCUUUUAAUUACAAUCACGUUGCGAAUUUUAUUAUCGGCAAUAACGAGAUUGCUUGCGAAGCUGCCAAACGAUCCGCAGUUAAUUUGGGUUAUAAUAAGGUAGAACUAUUUUCGAAAGACAUUCAGGGUGACGUCGUGGAUGUGGCCAAACGAUAUCUGCAAAUUGCUUUGGACGAAGUGAAGAAAAACGAAACAGUUUGUAUUAUAGGAGCUGGAGAGCCUACGGUUGUGGUUAAAGGGAACGGUUUAGGUGGACGGAACCAACAGUUGGCUUUGGAAUUUUCCAAGAUCGCAUGUGAGGCUGGAUUGGAUUUUUGUUUCCUCAGCUGCGGAACGGAUGGUAUUGAUGGACCAACAGAUGCUGCUGGUGCUGUUUCCACAACGGUCAUCGGUGGUUUACAGGAGAUCGAUGAUUUUUUGGAAAAUAAUGAUGCUUACAGUUUCUUUUCUCGUUACCAGAACGGAGAAUUUUUGGUAAAAACUGGACACACUGGAACUAAUGUUAUGGAUUUACAUAUUUUAAUUUUGAAACCGAAAACUUAA